AUGCCUCCUUUACCAGCAAAUCCUUAUCCCACUGGCGACAGUCAAAGAGACGUUGUCAUGAAAGACGACUAUCCGCCUGUGCCUCCUCAUGCAAAUCAACCCAUUCAGCAGCAGUCUUUCCACCAAGUCGAAAACACACCUGCCACAGCAGGUCAGCAAGCACCCCAAACCAUGCGCGCCCAUGAGGCGUCUCAAAUGCAGCCUCCCUUGUCUUUUCACCCCAAUGUUUCUCAAGAGCCCGUUCAGGCUUUGCCCAACUCCCAACAAUCCCGUACACUACCUCACCAGACUCCCCGCAUUACGAUUGCAAACAAAGGUCCAGAGAAUGCCUCCCAGGACCCUAAGCGCCGACAGGGCAAUAAUCUGCCCCCAAAAGACACAUCUUGCCAGCGUGUGUCACUCCAGGUCGACGGCAUGGUCGUCGAGGUCUUCCGCCCGAACGUCUGUACGAGUAGGACUCCGAUCAUCUUGAUCCACGGCGAGUUCCACACAGGCAUCGUCUGGUCCACCAAGCCGGACGGGAAGCCCGGCUGGCUUACCUAUUUCCUCGGCAAGGGUUACUCGGUCUUUGUCGUCGACCUCCCGCCCAACGGCCGCUCCAACGACCUCAACGAGACCGACUUGGAGCGUCACUUUUCCCGCAUGUCGCGCUCGAUGGUCGAGCGGGAGUUCACGGCCUGCGCGAAGGUCAACGCGGACGGCUGGCAGACUGCGAAGCUCCACGACAAGUGGCCCGGAACCGGCCUUCAGUGGGAUGGCGAGAAAUGCGACCCCAUCUUUGAACAGUACUACAGCCAGCUCGUGCCCCUCUUUCUGAACCGCGAAGAGCGCCAGGCCAGAGCGCAGAGGGCCGUGGUGGCACUUCUGGACACGAUCGACCGGCCUUGCAUCCUGCUAGGAGAAGGUGCUAGAGGCACCGUCGCCUAUCUGGCGGCCGACAUGGCUCCCGACAAGGUCUGCGGCAUCAUCGCCAUCGAGCCCAUCGGCCCGCCGUUCGCCCACGCCUACACCGAAGAGCCCGACCCAGAACAUCCUGGCCUAUUCACCCGCAAGUACAAGUACCCUUUCCAGUUCCGCCGUGACCUGCGGCGAUACGGCCUCUCCGAUGUCCAGUUGACAUACGAUCCCCCCUGCUACAACGAGUUCGCGUUCAAAGACGAGCAUUUGGACGUCCGCCUGCUGCGGGAGACGACGACCGACACCAUGCUGCGACGCCCGGCGCUCGACGUCGCCUGCGCCGCCCCCUUGAAAGACUACGGCAAGUGCUACCUGCAGAACCCGAACGCCCUGGCGGAGGGGGUGGACGACGAAGGCGAGCCGCGAAAGCUCGGCUUCCGCCAGCUCAUACACCUGCGCAAGAUGCCGCACCUGGUCGUCACCGCGGAGGCGAGCCCCCACUCGGUGUACGACUGGGUGACCGUCUUGUUCCUCGAGCAGGCCGGCGUCGACGUCUCCUGGAUGGAGCUGGCCAAGUACGGAAUCCGCGGCAACGGCCACCUGUGCUUCCUCGAGACCAACAGCGACGUCAUCGCCGCCAACAUCGAUUCCUGGAUCCAGAGCUAUGUUGCGUCUGCUAGGAGGGCGAAAGAACACCCGCGGGAGCCCGCCAUUGCGCCGCCAGAGUUGCGGAUGAAGGCGCCUGCGCAGGGCCAUGCCGCACCGCCAAAUCAGACCGUUCCAAGCACGACUGUGCCUGGCCCGGCGACGCAGAACCAGCGCACGCAGCCUCAAGCAUCCCAACAGGCCGGUAAGCAGGCCAGCACGAUCGUUGUUACCGACAGUGACAGCUCUCAAGGCCCUUCUGCGAAGCCUGCUCCUGCCGCAAUCAAGAAGAGCGUUGCGAAGCCUCACCAGCAAGCACUGUCGGCAGGCAUCGCGCAGAACAUCCUGGCGCAGCAGCCGACGAUCCAUGGCGCUAUCCAGGCAUCUGGAGUGGCACCGCCCGAGGCCAGAACAUCAUCGCCCAUGGGCCCGCCGGGCUCGGCUAUCUCGACGGCGGAGGGCAGGAACCAGGCCUACGUCAACCCGCAGACUGCCAAAGGUAGCAUGAACGAAGCCGCCAUGAGACAUACCGAGGCCCGCUUCACGCCGCAGCCGAUGGGGCCGAAUCAGAGCAUACAGCAGCUGCCGCAGUCCGCGCCUGCUCAGCAGCCGGCAGGAAUGCCCAUGGAUCUCGACAUGGACAAGAUCAUCCCGAACGUGGGACAGCAGGCCUAUGCAGGUGCAGGUGCAGGUUUCCCGGCUAUCGCCCCCGGAAACGAGCCGUCAUCAAGCGCCGCGGCCGGCACUGCGCAGCCUCCCGCGGCGGUGAAGCAGAACAACCCUGGCAAGUCGGCAGCGAAGGCCCUGGCGCCCAAGGCGUCGCCCCAGCAGCCGCGGAAGCCGGCGGCCGCAAAGAGCAUUGUCCGCAAGAAGCCCGUGAGCGGCGCCCAGAGCGACGGCGCCGCCGCCGCCGCCGCGGGCACGAAGAAGCGCGGACGUCCUACUAAGGAAGUUGUGGCCGCUCGAGCUGCGGCGGCGCGGGAGGCGGCCCUGCAGAAGGAAGCCGAGGCCAAUGCUGCUUCGUCUUCUUCUUCUUCUUCUUCUGUAGUUGGUGCUGUCGCUGCUGAGGCGCGCACGCCUGGCCAGAACGAGUUGGGAGCAGCGCUUUCGUCUCCUGUUUCGUCGGCUCCUCCUUCCGGCUCGGCGCAGAUGGAACAUCACGGCAGCUCUUUGGCGACUGCAUCCUAUCCUGAUCCUCUUACCAAGAAAUAG